AUGCAACCUUCUUGUUCUCAACUUCGAGAACACCAAACAAAUGGUGCUCCUAUUUUUGACGAAACACUUUCAGUUGCUAGAAAGUAUGUUUUGAUUCUUAGACAUUCUAUGGAAUGUCGUCAGAAGGAAUUAAAUGGAGUCCCAAAUCUUUGUCCUUUUACCGUCUGUGCUCAGAUGCGCCAACUACUUUCGCAUAUUUGCACUUGCAAUCGUGGUAGCGAUUGCACUUUUCGUCAUUGUGCGACCUGUAAACAGCUCAAAAAUCAUUCAGAUCACUGUGACGAUCCUCGUUGUGUUGUCUGCCCGUCGGGUCUCCCGCUUGAUAGCUCUGCUACAGGUCGAUACUCUCUUAAUGAUCGUAAUAGUGUUAUUUCCCAUGAUCAGUCUUUUCCUGUGAACGGGGAACAUAUUCAGGUGUAUCAUUCUGGUUCAACUCCAAGCGUCUCCGAGAUGCGACAGACAGCCAGUUCAGCAACUCCUCUCACGAACGGUUUUGACUGGCGUUUGGAAUACGAUGCAGCUAGACGUGAAGAAAUAGUUCGGAGUCAUGCUGGACAGGUGUUCCCUCCGCCUACUUACAAUGACUGUCGUUCAGAGGCUGUAUUUACCUUGUUUAAAGACCAAGAAAUGAAGAUGUUUAAAGAGUCUCUCACGGAGCAAGACUAUCUAUCAAGUUUACAGAGGUUCGUCGUUCGGCUUCAAAAUGAGUUGAAGCACAAGUCUCGUAUCAAUCCCAUUUCUCUGGCCAAUGGGAGUUCAUCCUCACCUGCUCAUUCAAAAGAUGAUAUUUUGUCCGAGCAAAAGAAUCCGAGAUCUCAGAUCUCAGUUUUGUGCGACUCUAAUGUAAAAGCUUUAGAGAAUGCCUUUGAAGCGUCCAAUGGAUUGUCUCAAGGCUACAGUAACUCCACCAGCAGUCAACCUAAGCAGUCAGCGACUGAUCCGCUAACCCCUUCCUCUGCAAACGGGUCUUCGAUGUUGAAGAAGGACGAGCCUAUGGAUAUACCUGUCAAAUCAGAGCCUUCCACAACCUUAGAAUCGGGUCGGCGAUGUUCGUGGACUAAGGAACAGUUGAAAGAAGCUUUUAUUCCUCUUGUGAUAAGCAUAUCGAGUCAGGAACCUCACUCUGUCCAUUUCCGCACUCCAGUUCCCUUUGAGGAAUUAAAGUUAUCUGAUUAUCCAUCUAUCGUUCCAUUCCCAAUGGAUCUUUCAACCAUUGAGAAGAAACUAAGAAGUGGGGACUACUUAGACCCGUGGGACGUCGUCAACGAUUUUUGGUUAAUGUUUAACAACGCUUGGCGGUAUAAUCGGAAAAAUUCCAAGAUAUAUAAGGCUUGUUCUAGAUUGUCAGAAAUAUUUGAAGGUAUUGUUGAUCCAUUGAUGCAAAAUCUGGGAUUCUGUUGUGGUCAUGCCUACGUUCAUCAUCCUCAUGUUCUCACCUGUCUCACAGACAAAUCCUGUAACAUUAAUCGUGACGAUGUUUAUUACGUUUAUGAGACUAAAGAAAAAGACCAGAAGAAGGAAUUGUUAGAUAAGUAUAUUGUUUGCGAAAAAUGUUAUCAAAGUGCUGGCAGCACUAUUACAAUCGAUGAUCAAAGUUCGCCCGUGCACCUCAGGAAAAACCUUUUCGAAAAACAAGUAAACAACACUAUUGUCAGUGAAAAGUUUGUCAAUUGUCGAGAAUGUGGUCGGAAAUGGCACAAGGUUUGCGCUUGCCAUAUGGACGAAAUUUGGCCUAGCGGUUUUGUUUGCAAUACGUGCAGGAAGAUGUACGGGAUUUGUCGCUCGCCCAACCGUUUCACUGCGAAACGCUUACCGACGUGCAAAUUAAGUGACUUUCUUGAAAAAAGGGUCAAUGAUUUCAUGAAAAAGAACGAGUCUCAAACAAACGAGGUCAUUAUUCGCGUUCUUGCUAGUGCCAACAAAACCGUGGAAGUUAAGAAAUAUAUGCGUGAGAUUUUCUCUGAUAGUGGCAAAUUUCCAGAGUCGUUUCCUUAUCGAGCAAAAGUUAUUUUUGCGUUCCAAGAAUUAGAAGGGCAGGAGGUUUGCUUUUUUGGUCUUUACGUGCAGGAGUACUCUUCCGAUUGUCCUGCACCAAACAAGCGACGCGUUUACAUUGCGUACCUGGAUUCUGUAUACUUCUUUCAGCCGAAGCAGUAUCGUACAGAUGUUUAUCAUGAAAUUCUUAUCGGUUACUUGCAUUAUGCUAAGAAACAAGGCUUUGCCAAUGCUCAUAUUUGGGCCUGUCCACCUGGCGAAGGUGAUGACUACAUCUUUCAUAUGCACCCUCCUGAUCAAAAGAUUCCAAAACCCAAGAGACUUCAAGAUUGGUAUCGUAAAAUGCUUCAGAAGGCGCAUAAUGAACGUAUCGUUGUGGAUUACAACAACAUCUAUCAAGAUGCUGUGGAUACUAAUUGCCUUUCCCCUGUAGACGUUCCUUACUUUGAUGGAGAUCUUUGGCCUAACACUCUGGAAGAGCUCUUAAAGCCCGCUGUGGAAAAUCGUCGUAAGUUUCGCGAGGAGGAAGAACUAUUGCGAAGUGAGGUGGAUGACUAUGCCGAUGGAGUGGACGAUGAUGGGGACAGUAACCAUGGUAGUUUCGACUCUGAUCGAAAGCCCAGUAGUGCUGGAAGUGGAAGUGUUUGCAUGAAUGGUAUUGAAAAUAGGAAGAAGACCAAAAAACGCAAGAUGAAACGUGCCGCCUCAUCUCUAAGCAUUCAUGGCGGCAGUAAGAGGAAGAGACUCUCAGCAGCUGCAGCCAGUGGGGAUACGGAAGCGGAGGUGCAGCGGAGACUUGAAGAAAUGUUACAGCGUCAUUCUGAGGCCUUUCUUACGAUUAACCUACAUUCUCGGAGUCAGAUAGCAAGCCUUCAGCCCAUCAGGGAUCCGGAUCCCCUUUUUGCGUCAGAGUUAAUGGAAUGUCGAGAUACAUUUUUGAGCCGGGCUCGGGAACGUCACCUGGAGUUUUCUUCCCUUCGACGAGCAAAGUUCUCCACCCUGGCUUUUUUGUACGAUAUCCACACAGAAAACAAAGACGCUUUUGUCUACAGUUGCAAUAGUUGUCAAAAAGAAAUUGAAGCACCGAGGCAGUGUAAACAGUGUCCCAACUAUUUCCUUUGCGAAGAUUGUUUCAAAGCUUAUGGCCAUCGACACCCAAUGGAAAAGAUCGUUUUAAGUGACGAUAAUGGCAGCACGGCAGCGGUUCAACAGUCCGACCGACUAAAGAUGGAGCGGUGUGUGGAGCUUUUGAAACACACCUCCAGUUGUAGGGACGCCAAUUGUCGCAACCAAGCCUGUCGCGAUAUGAAGCGUAGAUUGGGUCACUUUAUGACUCUUCAUGAUCGCAGCAAAUGUUUCUGGUGUCGGCAGAUACACAGGAUUUUAUCUGCUCAUUCCACCAAGUGUAAUGAUUCUAAUUGUCAGGUUAUGUAUUGCGCACAUUACAAGGCCGUAAAGAAACAGCAGGAAUCACAACAGCGCUUGAGGAAACUACAAACUCUCCGUCGUAGGCAAAAGACUAUGCAGUGUUCUCACAACAUCAAAACACCCCAGCAACCGAAUACUCCACAAUCAGUUGCCAUUACAAGUAAUUCUAGUGGUGCCGCUCAACAGCUAGCGGCUUCUACGGCCAGUCCUACAGUGUUUAAUGCACCAAGUUCGUCCGAGCCUCCCCAUAGUUUUUCUUCACAGACGUCCUUAACUUCUCCACAUUCCGCGUCCAAUUCACGAAACUCGCCGUCUAAACCAACUUCGGUAUCGGCUCAUCCCGCUGCUCUACAGUAUUCUCACUCCUCACCUUAUCAACAUGCACCCCAUACUUCUCCACUGUCCGUGAUCGCCACAAAGAACAUAAACAGCCACCAGACGCCUCACCUCCCCUCUCCGGCUGACUAUCACCAAGCUUCAUCAGUGGCGUCCCCGUAUCCUCAGCAGUCGUUAUAUCAUCAGCAACAGCCUCAAAUUGUGCAGCAACAUCAAAUACAUCCGACCCACACUCCGCAAACCAGGAGUUAUCCUAGCGAAGCCGGAUUUGUAAGGCAAAGUAACAAUUCCACUAGCAACUUCUAUGAAAAUGGCCAGUCAUCUUACGUUAGGAAUCCUAUGGUCGCCGUGAGUCCUCGACUGCCUUACCAGAUGCCUACUCCAGAAAGUGAGGACGUAUACUCCUUGUCGGCAGCUGGAGUAAAGCGACCUUUUUUUGGCGAUUGUGAUGUAGUGUCCGCCAGUACCGUAGGCGCAAACAUGUACGCUAUGGGCGGCGGAAGCCAAAAUUUGAAGCCGUCCCGUUUAGUGAUGUCACCGCAUGGUCAACAGGCGAGUUUGCAGGGUCCUGCUCCAGAGCAACAGCAGCAGUCGAUGCUACACUGGGGUAGUGGUGUUGCUGUGUCAAACGGACAAAUUAUGCCACCUGGUGCAAUGGCUGGUGGCAAGAUGGCCCAAAUGGGUCCAUUGAGGCCACAACAGCCUUUGCCUAUCCAAAAUAAUACACCGCCCUCACAUCUGGGAAGUACUGCGAUUCAGCCGCCAUCUUCUACAGAGGUGGAAAUGGUGCUCUCUGCGAGACGAAGUAUUACGAGCGAAAUUGAGGUAUCUUUCUAUCUAUUCUUCAUUAUUUUUACAUCAUGGUUGCAUCAGCAGCCACAUCUUGUCCCUGCCUGGAACUACAUCCGCAGCCAACAGAAGGUCAUGGCGCCCUCGAAGUCUUUCCAGUAUUCCCCUCAACAGCCUAUGCCACAGCAGUUGAUGCGCGGCAAUGUUGGCUUUACUUCUGCUCCGCAGCAGCAACGGAUGGUACAACAAAGUCAAAACGCAAUUUCUAAUUCUUGGCCUAUGCAGCAACAACCACAGGACCUUUGGAGUGUGCGUCAGCCGUGUUACGUUCCUCAGGGCAAAUUUCCCUGCAGUCCGAAUUUGCAACAGCAACAACAGCAGCAGCAUUCUGUCAUGACGACUAACCCCUACCCGACGUCUGCAUUUUCUUCCCGCUACCCCUCACCCAUUUCCACUUCCACAAGCCCUGGAGGUAUGCUGAGAGGUCCAAUCGCACAGCAACGGAUGCCCGUGCCGGCACCAGUCUCACCUAGGCCCCCUCCACCACCCUACGUGUCUCAGCAACAGCCCUCUCUAAUGCUCUCACAAUUACUUGUUCAACCACAUUCACAACUGCAGCAGCACCAGCAGUUACUGCAGAGGCCACUACAGGAAGGCUCAUCUCAGUCACAGCCUUCUCAACCCCCCCAACACCAAAUAACUCGUUGA